UGCCUCUGUAGUACGCUUGUCCAGGAUUCAGAAUCCAAGAUGGAGGCGAUUAGUGCAGCAGGACAGCAUAUGAGUCUAGCAGCACUAAAACAACACGAUCCUUACAUUAACCGAAUUGUCGAUGUUACCGGGCAGGUAGCACUUUACACAUUCAAUCCCCAAGCAAACGAAUGGGAGAAGACAGAUAUCGAGGGUACCUUAUUUGUGUACACGAGGUAUGCCACUCCAUACCAUGGCUUUACAAUCAUGAAUCGGCUGAACAUGAAGAAUCUAGUUGAACCCAUUAACAAAGACCUGGAGUUUCAGCUUCAGGACCCGUUUCUUCUCUACAGGAAUUCAAGUUUGUCCAUAUACAGCAUCUGGUUUUAUGACAAGAACGACUGCCAGCGAAUAGCAAAGCUCAUGUCACAUGUGGUUAAACAAGAAGCAGAGAGAGCCCAGCAGGGGUCUCCAGGCAGGCACACUCCCAGCAAGGCCAAUGGAUGCUCUGAAGACAGGCCUAUUGACAUCCUGGAGAUGCUCAGCAAAGCAAAGGAUGAGUAUGAAAGGACUCAGAUUGGUGAAUUUGAUAUCUCUUCAAGCUCAGAAUUGCUUCGUGCCCGCAACGCUUAUAAAUCUUCAUCAGGGGAAGCUACUGAACAUGCACUCACUUCUCAACAGCAAGAAAAGACUACUCGCCCAGGACCUAAACAGAUAACUGUGGAAGAGUUAUUUGGAAGUUCUUUGCCAAAGGAACAGACGCUGAUGGGCUACCCUAACCUCAGUACACCAGAGAAAACACAGCAGGCCGGUCUCCUCCGAAAGCAAAACCUCGCCCAGCCUUUCCCGUACGAGCCUUCGUUGGUGUCCCAACAGGGCCUGGAGAGUUUAGGUGACAGCCUUGGUGCCACUGCCUCAACUCAACACGAGACUCUGACACACAUGCGCCAAGCGCCAGCUUCAGUUUCCCUACCAGAUAUAAAGAAACUACCAAACUCCAGCAUUCGCUCCAGCCCUGUUUUUCAUCCCGUACACCCUGCAGAGGCUGCUGGCUCUCAGAUACUGUCUAACCUCAGUACCGACAGCAGUGACCUCAUGAAGGUGAUGCAGCAGUCCCACGUCAAGCCCAACUCCCCCAUCAUGGUGUGCCAGCCAGCUUCAGAGCAGCUGAACCCCGCCCCACACCCACAGAGCGCCAUUCCGGGAGUGACUCGGCCCCCGCUUGGAAGCGGUGCCCUCAGCAUGAGCUUCCUCAAUCAAGACCUCCUCCACAAACUGAAGCUGGCACCGCAGCACAGCCAGCUCUCUCAGCAGGCACUGAGCAAGCCAUCCCUCGCACCGAACUUCCUGCCCUCCGUCAGUCAGCUUGCAACACCAGAGUGCUUCAAAGAGUCCAUCGCUAAACCAGUAGCUCUGAAUUGCAUCCCGGCUACCCCUGUUCAGGUUGUGCCCCCACAGGUUACUUCAGUCUCGUCUGCAGAGUCUCUAUUAGUCCUCCUCUCCCCAAGCGUGUUCCAGCAGUCAGCAGGCAAGCCCACAGAGUCAGACAGCAAGCCCAGCUCGGCAUCACCGCUAACACUGGCAGCAGAGGCUCAGCCGUCAUACAGUGUCUUCAGUAGGACCCAGCUUCAGGAAACCUUAAUCCACCUAAUAAAGAAUGAUUCUAAAUUCCUCAGUUCCAUUCAUGACGCCUACCUACAAGUUCUAGCCAAGGAUCUCUGCAACAUGAAAUUAUAGCCUUCGAGAUCAGCAAGCGCUCUGUGGCUGAAAAUCAGACAUUGGGACUGCGCACAGAAAUGUCUCGAGUGUAAAAGAUGUGGUCUGUAAUGUGCUGUAGUAUUUACUUGAGAGCGAAAAUAGAAGAAAAAAUAAAACAACAAACCUUUCUCAGAUGCUACAGUAUAUAACUGAUUCUCCUAAAAUUAAGUAGCUUCACUUUGGUCUAUCACCAGCAGGUUUACACUGAAGAAGUAGGCACUUGUGGUGUUGCACAAAAUAAGUAUUUAUAUGCUAUGUAUUUUAUCUGUUGCACUGUUUAAUUUUCAGUACCAUUUCAUUCUCAGCAGUGUUUUGAAACGGGGAACAGUACAUUUAAAAAAGAAACUUAUAUACUGUUUUUUUUGGUAGGUUUUUUUUUUACUCAGUUAGUUUAAAACGCAUCCCACCAUUUUCUGAAAGAUUAGCCUGGUAAUUAUUCAUAAAGGCUGAUGUCAGUGAGGGUUAAAUCAUGCAGUAAAAAGCUACUGCAGUCAAGUACCAAAUUUAGAUUUUUCGAGGGGGAAAAAAAAAUCUUUUCUAGUGAGCCACUUUAAAAAAUAGAUGUGGGAACAAAUGUGUAAUUCAACCUGGUGCAUUUUUUGGUUUGUUUCUUUUUAAAAAUGUAUUGCUCCCUUAAAGUUAUCUUUACAAUGUUUCUGCUACAACACAUAUAAUGACUUUAUAAUGGUCUUUAUUUCCCUUCAUAAUUGUAUACUUUAGGAUUUACCCUUACGUAAGCAUAAUGGUUGGUUUGUAUUAAAGAUUGGUCACAAGAGAUUCUCCAUUCCAGUUCUCUGUUAAGAUUCUUUAUCAGUAAUUGAAAGUAACUGCAGCGUUCUGAGUUUGUUCACCCUUGUGUAAUUACAAAGCCAAAACACCAUUCAGAGUGAAGCAUCUUAUUUGUACUAUUAAGCUAUUUGCUUUUUAUAUGAUGGUAAAAGUUUUUUGUUUUGUUUUGUUUUUUUUGGUAAGGUCCUUAACUUGAGAGGGAAAAGCAUCAUAAAAACAGUUUGAAAUUAUCAAAUGAUCAAAGCUGCUUUUUAUUUUGCUCUUCUUACCAUUUCAUCAGAAUAAGCCAUAAUCAACGUAGUAAUCGAUCACUGUUGAAAAACAUUUCAAUGCGUAUGUCUCCACUUGAGUUGCAAAUUGAAAUUGUUGAUUGUCAGCAUUUGCCCUUCAGAUCAAAGCAGCUGAGCUAAAGAGUAUAUAUAUAUAUAUAUAUGUUUGAAACCAAAAAGCACAGUAUAUUAAUUAAAACGUGCGUACAUAUGCGGUGUUUUCUCAAGGGCGAAGUCUGUAGAAAGCCCAUUUAAACCACUUGUUAAAACACCUGUUCUUUUGAGACCUACCUUCGAUACUGGCCUUAAAACAACCUGGAAAGACUUGCUGCUGUAAUGCGAUGCCUUUGAUUGAAACAUGUCUUUUUCAAGGAUGUGUGCAAUAUAAAGCUUUCUUUAGUUUCAUGUUCAUUUUUAUUUUAACAAUCUGUUAAAACAUGCAAUGUCUUUUCUCAAGUUGGAAGCAAGUUUGCUUUUUAUACUGUGGUCAUACCUGUUUUUAAAUCUAAGUACUUUUAAACCAUUGUUUUACCGUCCUUUAUAUUAAUGCCUCCUUUGCCAUACAUGUGAAAAGAACUCCCACGGAAGCUUGUUAUUUCUAAGUUUCUUUAUCAGUUUUUAGGAAGGAUGUUUUCAAGAGGAACUGCAUCUUAAACCAUGAAUAUUUGUAAUGUUAUAUUUUCCAUUUGCCUGUGUUACAGUAUGGGAAUAAAUACUGUGCCAAUAACUGUCAGGUUUUUAUUUUUUAGAAGCCUGUGUGCUUCAAAGAAACAAUCCUGUAAAAAUUGGGCAUUUUUCAUCAGUUAAUUUUGUACAUUACAAAUAUAUUUUUUAUAAUAAAAAUAAAUAAUCCUGGUGCUUUUUAGCACCUCCUAAAA